UUAAAACAUUUCAACACGCCACACACCAACAAGAACAACCCUACAGCUCCACACACACGUCAUCCACGUGCCAUUCUGUUCAUUUCUUUUGCCUCGUGUGUAGGUGUUCAACAAACCACUGCUUGAAUAGUACAAUUUAUAGAUUUCAUCUAGUUUGUUCCUUUCUGUGGUAUUUCUUAGUCUUCUAUCUCUAACAAAAUGUCAAAGGAAUACUUUUGGGGAGAUGAGCUUUCAGGGAGCAAGAAAGAUAUCAAGUGGAAUCCAUCAUUUGAAGAUGAUGAUGAUGAUGAUAUAGACAUCGAAGGCAUCCAACAUUUCCUCUUCCUUAAGCAGGCAGUUCUUGGAGCCAAUGCUGAGGAAGGAGAGAGAAACGUUGUCGAGAUCACAACCGAAAACUUUGAAGGAGACGAUGUGAAACAGCCCCUCUUUUCACUCAAGCUUGGCCUCAAUGAAAGUAGCAUACUGGACAUUGCUAUCCAACCUCCUGUCACGUUGUCUUUAGUAUCCGGUACUGGACCAGUGUACCUGAGUGGACAGCAUAUGAUAGAAAUCAGUGCAGAUGAUGACGAUGAUGAAGAUGAAAUGGACGAAGAAGACUUUGAAACAAAGAUAAAUCCUGACAAUAUCAUCACAAACAGCAAGAAAAGACAAAUUUCUACGUCUGAAAGUAUUGCCAAAAAGAUGAAGCUGUCCAAAGAAGAGCAAAAUGAUGAUGAUGAUGAUGAUGAUGAUGAUGACGAUGUAGAGGAAGUAGAUGAAGAAAUGCCAGUGAUGGAGGAACUGGACGAUGAUGAUGAUGAAGAAGAUGAUGAAGACUUUGAAGGGGAAGAAGAGGAGGAGGAUGAAGAAGACAGUGAUGACGAUGAAGAAGAUGAGGAGGAGGAGGAAGAUGAAGAUGAAGAAUCUCCAGCAAAACCUGUCAAGAAAGUCAAAGGAAUGAAGGGUAAAAUGAAUGGCACUGCAACAGCUAAAGGAGACAACAAAAAGACAAAAGAAGCUACAAAAUCAGUAACAAAACCCAAAGGAAAGAAAAAAACCGUGGGCUUAGAUGAGAUCAAGAAAAAGAUCCAGGAGGUAAGUGGAAAAUCAAACUACCAAAGAUACCAUAAAUAGAUGCUCUUUUGCAUU